AUGUCUGUCUCCGAGGCUGCGUCUAACAACCGAACUGUAGUUCUCGUUGGAAGAACGGGAGUAGGAAAAUCGGCCUGCGCAAACACUCUUGCGGGUGCCGAUCUAUUUGAAGAAAACAAUUUGUCUGCGAGCCAGACGAAGCUUGUCGACAGCCAAACUAUUCGUGUGGAUCGCUCGGGUAAAGAAUACAAAGUGAAGAUUGUUGAUACAGUCGGUAUCGGUGACACUGAACUAUUGCCUGACGAAGUCUUGCAGCGACUCGUGUUCGCCUGCAACGAGUGCGUGGAAGGGAUCAAUUCCGUGUUUUUUAUCACAAAAGAUCGCUUUACCAAAGAAGAAGCAGAUGCGUGGGACGUUAUGUGGCAAGUUCUAUUUGGAGCAGAAGUCUUGGAGUAUACCAGCUUCAUCCGAACAAACUUUUUCCGUUUUCGAGAUUCGGCGGCAGUAGCAAACAACAAAGAGCAGUUACAGAAAACCAACAAAUAUGCACAAAGAGUUUUGCCUAACGUUAAGUACUUUUUGCAUGUUGACAAUCCUCCUUCUGAGUACAACGGCAAAACUGCUCGUGAAGAUUCACGGGAAAUUUUGCUUAAACAUCUGAUCGUCAGUUGUGAAAAAGUAUUCCAUCCGCCGGUUCUCCGUGAGAUCAAGAGCAUGUAA